GUGGGGUGGGGGAUCGCCCACUCCCCGCCCCUUCCCCCGCCCCUCGGCCGCAGCGUGGCGGGCCCGGGAGGGCCGGGGCGGAGCUGGCGUCGCUUCGGGGGCGAUAGGGCGACCGCGGCCCGGUAGGGCAGGCGGACCGACUGUUGAGAGAACCGGGAGAGACGGAGGACCAGCAAAAGUAGGCGACCCAGCGCGUUGGGGAUGUGACCCACGGCCAAACGAGGGACUACUCGCACUAACCCACCUCGGCCGAUCCCGUCAUCCUCAGGUCCUUCCCCUGGACGCCUGUCCCUUGGCCCAGUCUGGCCAUGGCGCUGUGCCUGAAGCAGGUGUUCGCCAAAGACAAAACAUUCCGGUCGAGGAAGCGCUUUGAGCCUGGCACACAGCGCUUUGAGCUGUAUAAGAAGGCACAGGCAUCGCUCAAGUCCGGCCUGGACCUGCGCAGUGUGGUGAGGCUGCCACCAGGAGAGAAUAUUGAUGACUGGAUCGCCGUGCACGUGGUGGACUUCUUCAACCGCAUCAACCUCAUCUACGGCACCAUGGCUGAGCGCUGUAGUGAGACCAGCUGCCCGGUGAUGGCCGGUGGGCCCCGUUACGAGUACCGCUGGCAGGACGAGCGCCAGUACCGGAGGCCAGCCAAGCUCUCUGCACCGCGUUACAUGGCUUUGCUCAUGGACUGGAUCGAGGGUCUCAUCAAUGAUGAAGACGUCUUUCCCACUCGUGUUGAGAUGGGCAGCAGUGAGCCCCUUCCUAUUGCAGAAGGUGACACGAGGAAGAAGAAGAAACGGAAGGCCCGGGCUGCUGACUUUUUGCCCCGAAAGUUUGAAGAUACGUACAGGCUGACCUCUGAAUUGCUUGGAGAAGGAGCCUAUGCCAAAGUUCAAGGUGCUGUGAACCUGCAGAAUGGCAAAGAGUAUGCUGUCAAAAUCAUCGAAAAACAAGCUGGGCAUAGUCGGAGUAGGGUAUUUCGAGAGGUGGAGACACUCUAUCAGUGCCAAGGAAAUAAGAACAUUUUGGAGCUGAUUGAGUUCUUUGAAGAUGACACAAGGUUUUACUUGGUCUUUGAGAAAUUACAAGGAGGCUCCAUCCUGGCCCACAUUCAGAAGCGGAAACACUUCAAUGAACGAGAAGCCAGCCGAGUGGUACAGGAUGUUGCUGCUGCCCUUGACUUCCUACACACCAAAGGCAUUGCGCACCGUGAUCUGAAGCCAGAAAAUAUAUUGUGUGAGUCUUCAGAAAAGGUGUCUCCAGUGAAAAUCUGUGACUUUGACUUGGGCAGUGGAGUGAAACUGAAUAACUCCUGCACCCCCAUAACUACACCAGAGCUGACCACGCCAUGCGGCUCUGCAGAAUACAUGGCCCCGGAGGUGGUGGAGGUCUUCACAGAUGAGGCCACGUUUUAUGACAAGCGCUGUGACCUGUGGAGCCUGGGAGUGGUCCUCUACAUCAUGCUGAGUGGCUACCCGCCCUUUGUAGGUCACUGUGGGGCCGACUGUGGCUGGGACCAGGGAGAGGUCUGCAGGGUGUGCCAGAACAAGCUGUUUGAGAGCAUCCAGGAAGGCAAGUACGAGUUUCCUGACAAGGACUGGGCACACAUCUCCAGUGAGGCCAAAGACCUCAUCUCUAAGCUCCUGGUUCGAGAUGCAAAGCAAAGACUGAGCGCCGCCCAAGUUCUGCAGCACCCAUGGGUGCAGGGGCAGGCUCCAGAAAGGGGACUCCCCACGCCGCAAGUCCUCCAGAGAAAUAGCAGCACAGUGGACCUUACACUCUUCGCGGCAGAGGCCAUUGCUCUUAACCGCCAGCUGUCUCAGCACGAGGAGAAUGAACUGGCAGAAGAGUCAAAGGCACUGGCCGAGGGACUGUGCUCCAUGAAGCUUUCCCCUCCCUCCAAGUCCCGCUUGGCCCGUCGGCGGGCCCUGGCGCAGGCAGGCCGCAGUGGAGAUGAGGGAUCAUGCCCGACACCCACAACUCUCUGACCGACUCCAGCCACACCUUUCAGGCCCUAGGCCUGUCCAGGUAUCGGCCCCAGAAACCUGUGAGGCCAAAGUCUUUAGAGAAGGCAAAGGUUCCUGCUGUGUGGCCGCAGCAGGGCUUUUUAAUCCACCGGGACCUGAGGUUCCCACCCAACCCCCAUACCCCCAGAGACCUCAAGGAAAAAGCUUUUUCCAAAGGGGUUGUCUUUGAAAAGGAAAGCAAUCACUUGUCACUUUGCAUAAUCGCCUGAGGCAGGGACAGCUCUGCUGGGCUCUUGCCCACCUGCUCACCGCCUGCAGAUCCUGGAUCCAGCCUGCUCUGGUGAAUGAAUGGCUGCAGCCUUCAGGGAGUCAGCCUUGAGAAGCUGGCGGAGGCUCUUCCCUCCCUGCACUGUCACCCCCCCCCUCAGUCGGUCCUACCUUCCUCUGUCCUCUGGAUGUCCUCCCCCAGGGCUAAGCAAAGCCAUCCCCUCAAUUCGGGGAAGGGCAGAGAGACUUUGCAUCCAGAAGCCAGACCAGUCUUCCAGUCUGGAGCACAGAGAAGCACAUAAUCUUUCUUUGCCGUGACCGAAAUGUGUCCCUCAUUUAUCAUCCUCUUCCUUGUUUGGUUGGGAUUGCUUUUAAAGUCAGUAUUAUUUCGUUUUUUAAAGUGUUUGGUUUUUUUAACCGUGCUCUUCCACCAAAGAUGGGAGUUUGAAUUCCCACUGCAAGCCCAUGGACUUGCCGAGCGUGCAAAGGCUCGCUCUCCUUUUGCUGAAUGUCCAUGCUUUGGGAAGGCUCUAAUCAGAAGUUUCCUAUUAUCCUAACUGGUUUUAAACUAUUAUGAGAUAAUGAGCGCCUUAGAGACCGAGUCUCAGCCUCGUGAGGAGGGCAGCACAGGUCUGGGGCAGUUACAAGGAGCUCUGUGCCUGAGGUAGAGCCAGGUCCAAGGCAGCCCAGCUGCUCUGCUCUGAGCGACCUCGAGCUUGCCACCUGCCAGAGAGCAUGAGGGCAAGCCUGGGAUCAGAUAAGCUGAGCUGCUGAGUUACCUGAAGAAAAUCAACAUGGAUAUGUCAGACCUUUAUGCAACACAAUGAUGCUAUUAUAUGUUGAGCUUGUUUUAAUAAAAGUUUUAAAUUUUCA